GGCAGGUCCUGAUAAUCCUGUCUACAAUCCUACAGUAACAGCUGAACUGCCGGGAGAGCUGAAUAUUAGCAAGACGGAGGACGUGAUUGUAUUCAUCGUUCUGAAACUUUCAGACUGGAAGAAUCUCCCUGAAUUGAAUGAAAACCGACUGGUUGGCCUGAGUGUGAGAAACAGACGAAUCACUGGACUUAAGAACCGUGUCAACAUUAGCAUGAGUUCUUCAGCAGGACUGAAUCAAACCACAAGACCUCAAUGUGUGUUCCUUAACAACACAAGUCAAGCGUUGAGCACAGAGGGCUGCCUGACAUAGUGGGAGUACGGUCAGGAUCAGGUGAUCUGCUCUUGUGAUCAUCUUACAUACUUUGGAAUUCUCAUGGUAUCCUCUUCUCUGUCCUCCACCGACCAGCUGAUAUUGUCAAAGAUCACGGAGAUUGGCUGCAGUAUUUCUCUGUUUUUUCUUGUGGUCACAGUUUUCAUCUUCUUCACCAGCAGCAAAAUUAAAGUCGAUGAUUCUACAAAGAUCCACAUCCGUCUUGCAAUCGCCUUGAUCCUCCUCAACCUGCAUUUCCUCACCACUGAGAUGGCUGCAGAAUCCUCCUCUCCAGGCCUUUGUUGUUACGUGGCUCUCGCUAUCCACUACUCUCUGUUGGCCACUUUCUGCUGGAUGGGCUUGGAGGGGUUCCACCUCUACCUUCUCAUCGUUAAAGUCUUCAACAUCCACAUCAAUAGAUACAUGUUGAAAAUCAGCGUGGUGGGAUGGGGUGUUCCAGCAGUCAUCGUGUCGGUUUUGCUGUCAAUCAACAAAGACUUUUAUGGCAGAUAUACUUUCGUGGAUUCUUCAAACUCCAGUAGUACUGCAAUAUGCUACAUAACUGAUGACAAAGUAAAGUGGGUGACCACAGUGGGAGUGUUUGGUCUGAUGUUCCUCUUUGUCACGGCUGUGUUUUCGGUAACAGUCAGAAAUAUGAUGCCAAACUGCUGUCAGAAAGAGUUCAGGCAGAAAGACUGGAGAGGAUUCAAGCAGAACGUGUCCACCGUGCUGGUCCUCUUCACUCUGCUGGGGAUCACCUGGGGACUCAUCUUCUUCUCGUUUGGUCAUCUGACCACUCCUGGCCUCUACCUCUUCUGCAUUUUAAACUCACUACAAGGUUUUUUCAUCUUUCUCUACUUCAUUUUAGCUCUAAGAAAAACCAAAGUCAUGAAACUUUCACCAAGUAAGAGACCGAAGACCACAAACUCCCUGGAUAUUUUGGAUUAGCAGCUCAUCCAAGUGGACUUGUGCUCUACAGUCAUGGACCUGUGUUCAAUUAACUUAACUGGUAAACGAAUCAGGAUCUUUCUCUUGUUACCAGCCAGUAGGGGUGCUGCUAGGUCAACCAGAUGAAUGUAACUAAGGCUUUUUCCCACCUCAGAAAUGUGUGCAAAUUUGAGCUCAAUUAAAAUGUAAGCAAAAUUCCUGAAAAAAGUGUAAACACCAGACAAUUGUUUUGAAUGGAAAAUAAAGAAACAUGCAUCAAAAAGAUCCAUGAAUGAGUACGUUAACUAUAGCAGUAAAAUCUGACCUUAACAUUGGAGUCAAUGGGAAUGACCUCUUUUGUAAUAGCACUUCACUGGUUCUUUAAGGAGCUGCAACAUUUUGGUACUUCCUGAUUUAUGUCAACUUUGGAAAAUGAAAGGUGGGACACAGAGUAAACGUAUAAAGAGAAAUCUUUCAAAAGUUACCACUAGAAUACUCUUGGAAAGGCCACGUUGACUGAAGGGCCACUCCAAUGAUUUUGUUAAAGUGUUCCCAGUUUAAGAUUUAUUGAUUUAUAUGGUCUUAAAAUGACCUCAAUCAAACAAUUCACCGUACAUUAAAAGUAAAAAAAAAAAACAAUAGCUGAAAUAAAGAUAAAAAGAGUGGCAUAAAAAACAGAUAAAGGCAAAGCUAAACAAUAAAACAAUAAAAACACACCAGCAGAGCAGAGUUCAUGCUGUGUCAAAGGCCUGCCAAAA